AUGGCCUGCAACACAGGGAGAAAACCAGGGGAAGAAGUCCAGAAGAAUCUGGGGGAAAAUAUAGUACGUCAGUUGUGCAGUGGGUUCAGACACACAGGUCGCAACAUCACCACAGACAAUUUCUUCACCAGUGUGCCUCUUGCAGAGCAUCUCCUGGAGAAAGGUCUGACUAUAGUGGGAACCUUGCGACAGAACAAGCCAGACAUCCCUCCAGUGAUGAAGGCUUCCAAGUCUAGGGAGGUCCACAGCACAGAAUUUGGCUUCAAUGGCAGCAUGACUAUGACCAGCUAUGUCAGAAAAAAGGGAAAGGCUGUUCUGCUCCUCAGCACAAUGCACCACAGCAAGAUGGUGGAUGAAAAUAGCCAAAAGAAAAAACCAGAAGUGAUCCUCUUCUACAACCAGACCAAAGGAGGUGUAGAUACUGUGGAUCAGAUGAUUGGCAACUACACCUGCAAACGCCAGACACAGAGAUGGCCCAUGGUGCUGUGGUAUAACAUGAUCGAUAUUGCCACUCUGAAUGCCUACUCAUUUUUCAGGGCUCAGCACCCUGAAUUAUACACAGGUAUCACCAAUGCACGGCGACGCUUCCUCACAGAGCUUUCAAAAGAGCUUGUGACUCCUCACAUGAAAAGUCGACUGAGAGGUAACCCAAACCUACCAACCUACAUCACUGAAGCAAUGGGUAGGUGUGGAGUGACAAAAGCUGCAAUCCAGCCACAGGAGAGAAGCACACAGGGCCAACAGAAGAGAAAGAGAUGCCAGAUGUGUCCAAGAAACAAAGAUCGCAAAGCCACCAAAUGCUGCUGGAAAUGCAGUAUUCCUGUGUGCAACGAUCACAGCCAGCAGCAAGUCAUUUGUAACAGCUGCACACAGUGA